AUGUCCAGCGAAAUAAAAAGUCUGGAGAGUCUCCCCGGCCUCCGUGUCGAGCGCCAUGUCUCCUCCCCAACUUCUUCUGGCUCCACUGUCAUAAGCUACACUAAGGAUCUGGGGGAGGGUCCUGUUCUGUGGCUCGUCCACGGGUACCCUCAGUCUGCAUACAUUUGGCGUCAUGAUAAGAUCUCACUCUUCGUUCCUGAGGUGCGUGCAGAUCUUCUCCACCCCCUCCGCAUUUGCCCGACCACUGCUGAUCCUGCCUCCGAAAAAGNNCUGCCGGGCUACGGCCUCAGCACGCUCGAAGGAAAGGCCGGAGUCACCGCCGUCGGCGCCGCUCUGCUGCAAGCCUGCCAUGAGCUGUUCCCUAACCGUCCCAUCAUUCUAGCCGGUCAUGACCGUGGUGCUCGCGUCUGUCAUCGCCUUGCUGUCUCCAAUGCCCAUCCGCCUCACAAUGACACAGCCUCCCUACAUUCUUACAAACUCCUUGGUACCGUACUGCUUGAUAUCGUACCUACUCUGAUCCAGUGGCGGUCAUUUUCACAUCCCCUGGCCAGCGCUGCUUACUUUCACUGGCCCUUUCUGGCAUCUCCCAUUGCCGCAGACAUGAUUGAAGCCUUUGGCGCUGCCAAGUGGACACAUCUGGGUUUGGACCGCAUCUGUGGCGACAAUGCCGAAGGUCGCAAGGCAAUGCAGUCCGACGACGCCUGGGACGUGUACAAGUCUCUGCUCUCCAAACGUGAAGCCAUCGAAGGAUCGUGUGCCGACUAUUCAAGCGGCUGUUUUGAUGAGCCCCCUCUCCAAGAGGCUGACCAGCGUGAAGGCCGCAAGAUUCAGAGUCCUGCCCUUGUGAUGUGGAGCAAGUACAGGUUGGGCAAGAUGCAUGGCGGUGAUCUCGGGUCCAUCUGGAAAGAGUGGAUGCAAGAUGCCUCCCUGCUGACCGCCGAAGGUGUAGGUGAAGAUGUUGGGCACUAUCUACCUGAGGAGGCAAGCACUGUCAUUGGAACAGCCAUCAAGGACUUUGUUGACAAGGUAUCAAAAUGA